AUGGACGAAUUCUCCACUGCCAUCAAGAAUCAGUUUAGUUUCAACAAGAUGAUUGAGACUCAACUAGCUCAAGUGGCUGCUACCAUGCCCCCUGCUUUGGAGAAUGUUAAGGCUAUAACCACACGAGGAGGUAAAACUACUCAAGACCCACCUUAUCCUAACCAUGUUAACAGAAAGAAAGCAAGCCCAGUGGCAGAAGAACCACCUCGGGAGGAGGAACCCGAGAAGGUUCAUGAAGGGAAGACGGCUCCGCAUGAAUUUUAUGAUACCCAAGUAUUACCGUUCCCUAUGAGGGCAAGGAAGCCAAGUACAGAUGAGCAGUUCAGCCGCUUUGUUGAGAUAAUACAACAAGUGAACAUCAAUGUACCCUUGAUGGAUGCGAUGAAGGUUCCGACCUAUGCUCGUUAUAUCAAGGACAUAAUCAACAACAAGCGACCACUGCCAACUACCGAAGUAAUCAAGCUCACUGAGGCAUGUAGUGCAGCUAUACUUCAACAAUUGCCCGAGAAGAAGAAGGAUCCAGGAUUCCCAACUAUCAGAUGUUCGAUAGGGGCACAGAACUUCGACAAAGCCUUAUGUGAUUUGGGAGCCAGUGUUAGUGUGACGCCAAAGGCGGUCUUCGACCAACUCAACUACACAGAGUUGACACCAACACCCAUGCAGUUGCAAUUGGCUGACUCCUCAGUACAGCACCCAGAAGGAAUAGCUGAGGAUGUCCCCGUGAGAGUAUGGGACAGUUUUGUCCCAGUCGAUUUUUGUGGUACUUGA